CUUUUAAGAAUAUUAUUAUCAUAGAUUGGUCCAUUAUUCUAAUUUCUAUCCAUUUGAAUAAGAACAAUGAAGAAAAAAAUUGUCAUUAGAGUGGCUAUAAAUGGAAAUUCUCCUCCCACACUGAAGAAAUUUGUUGUGGAUUUUUUAAAGUUAAAGUACUUUAAAAAAUGGUGGGGGCAAUGUUGGGGGAAAUGUUGGGGGCACAAAUCCCAGUCUUCUAGCUCCAAAAAUCAGAGCAAGCUCUUGUCAAUUGCAGCAAAAAUAAAAGAUCUGGAGAAAGUAGCUAUAGAAGGAGAAGAAAAGAAUGAGCUAAUGGUGAUAGGUGAAGGAAUUUGUGCAGCAAAGCUUGUCACUAAACUUAGGAAGAAAGUGGGCUUUGCUGAACUUGUGAGUGUUGGUCCAGUGGAGAAAAAGAAAGAAGAAAAACCAGUAGUACCAUUUGUCUAUGGCAAUUAUCAAAUGCCUCCUCUUCAAUUUUGGGAAGUUAGAGAUCCCUAUUAUUAUCCUUUUUGGUGAUUUGUGCUUAAUGGAGCUCAAGAAUAUAGUAUUGAACUUUGUGCAAUAACAAUAAAAAUAGUGAAAGAUAGUGUAUUAGUAUAUUCGGUUGUUUGUGAUGGAAUAAAUUCAAGCGUUUGGAUUAAUAUAUAAAUAAAUCUUGUUUAA